AUGGAGAGAAAAGAGCAGCUGAGCAACUCUUUCUCCUGCACACACACCUUCAACAUGUCCUGUUCACCUCUGGAGAGGGACAGAAAAGUCCAUGCGCUCCACCAGGUGGGGAUCAAGUCUUUGGUCACCCCUCCUCCUAUUCCUCCUCCUCCUGCCUUCGCUUCGGCUCCCAGUUUCUCUGAUAUACAGAGAGAGUUCCAGAAGAAGGAGAGACAGGGCCCUGCUCAGAGGAACUUCCCUGGGUUUCAUACUUCUAACACUGAUCAGGUUGGUCUUCUUAAGUCCUCAAACAAUUGGUUUCCCCUGUUGUUUUUCAUUUCUUGAAGUCCUCGUUGUUUUUGACUGAGGUAUUAUCAUUACUUAUUAUCAUACUUAUCACUACUACUGGGGGUUUUCUGGCCCAAGAGCUCAUACAGAAGGGAUCUGUAUGUGAUAAGCUUUUAUUGUGACCUCUGUCUGAUUGUUUAUUUUUUCUCAUCCUUACAGGGCGAGCCUUUCUCCCAAGAUGCAUCACACCUGCUGCCGCCCACAGGUGGUCUGACGGAGGGGAACCUUCAGCGGCAUAACCUCAUGACGGAAGAAUCCCUGUCCAACGACGAAUAUGAGUGCACUUCCCCCGACGACAUCUCCCUGCCCCCGCUUUCCGAGACCCCAGAGUCCAACAUCGUCCUGUCAGAGAAUGACCUGGACCUGGAUGGUUUCUGUCUCAGCUCCCAGUCCCACACCAUUCACGUCAACCAGUACAGCCAUCAGUUCCACUCCACACAUAAUAAUGAUAACAGCAACAGCCAGAGCCAACAGAGGAUCAGAGAGCAGACUGAAAGCUAUACCUCUCCUACAGGGGGCCUCAACACCAAGUUCAGAGCAGAGUCCUCUUCCUUCGUCCACAGUCCCCUGACUGUCCCAGCACCGAGCCUGGUCUCAAACACACUCUCCAGUAUUCUGAAAAGCAAGGGCAUCCCCAACCUCCCAAACCCCAACCUCCCAAAUCUCCCACCAGUCAGCCCCCUAGGCCUAAACGAGUGCCACCAGACCGUGUAUUCCGUGCAUGAGAGCUCUGUCACAGAGACGCAGGAGUGUGUGCAUGACCCUAGCACCAUGAUGGUCCGAGGAGCUGCCUUCCCCACUGCUGCCGCCGCUAGCUCUCUUAACACGCAUGCUACCCCCUCCCCAUUCACCACCACAACAGUCACACUCACAGAUCAGGGCCAAGACCCAGAUCUCUGCAAGCCCACAGCCAUCAGAGAAGAGAUCAGACUGCCUGGUACCAGCCGGUCCAUGGGGAGCACCCUAUCAGGCCAGGGCCCUCCUCACUUCUCCAAACUGCUGUCUAGUCCCACGGUUAUGGAGGGGUCACCUGUGACCCUGGAAGUGGAGGUCACUGGAUUUCCAGAGCCUACUUUAACAUGGUGGGUAGCUCAUAGGCUUUAGUCAUUCAGUAACACAGAAGCUGCGUCUGAAAUGGAAUCCUAUUCCCUAUAUAGUGCACUACUUUUGACCAGAAGUAGUGCACUCUAAAAGGAAUAGAUCAGGGUGUCAUUUCCGACACAGACAGAGUAUUGGUGCAAGUAGAAAUGGAACAGUAGAACUUCAUUAUUUUAAUAAGAUCUGUAUUAUUUUUACUCUUUAAUAGAAUGAAAAGUCUGGUUACAGUAGUAUUAACAGUCACUGCUUUAUUCUACAAGCAAACUGUCAACCAAUGUGUUCGGGAUAUUCUAUAAAUCAAUUCCAAAAGGAUCAUUCAGGUGGAGAGGAAAGGACACAUUGAGAAAUGAUAAGAUAGAUUUAUAAACUGCAUGAGUAGGGUUAAAUCUGAAUCCCAAGUCAUUUUGUGUGUGGAUAACAUAAUAUGUAUUUAUUCCAUUUAAUUUGACAAAAAUCCUUUGGUGUUUUUUGACUUAUCUAACCUUUUGUUUUGAUUCCUGUUUACACAACCUUGAUAACACGUUUGAUCAUUGUUGGCACGUUCACAUUUUAAAUAAUCUAGUUGUUUUGAUUGAUUGUGCUUCAGCUCACCCUCUGAUAAAUAGGAAUGUGAUUUGUGUUUUUCUUGUUGUGAUUGUGUGAUGUGUGAUAAUUCACUUCUUGCUUUAGGUUCAAGAAUGGAGAGAAACUGACCAAUGAUGAGCACAUAGAACUGUCCCAAAAAGAAGGCAAACAUGCAUUGUUUAUACAGAAAGUCACUGAGGCCGACGCAGGUCUCUAUGUGUGCUGGGCCGUCAACUCAAGUGGCACCCUGUCCUCUAGCGCCGCCCUUCAGGUGAAUGCAGGUAACAACAGAUGUCCCGAUCCCGACUGCUCUCUUCUCAAGCUGGACUGGCACACUUGUUUUGGCACUCUGUGUUUUCUCCUGUAUCUCCUGUACCUGCUGCUGUUAUGA